AAACAAUUUUGUUCAAUCUCAUUCUUCAAGCAAUCUCCCCGCUUGCCAGCCGUUUACUCGGAUCGAACGUAUUAGCUGGCCUUAGCUUGGAAAUCUGCCAACUCACUGAAUUUUAGAAAGUGUAUUCCUUUAAUUUAAUUAAACUCCUUUCUGUAAGGCUUUAAAUGGAACAGAAUAUUAAAUGUAGGAAUAUUAAAAUGAACUACGUAUCAUAUUAGUUGCACAAUUACCAAAUCUAUCUAUAAUUGUCUCUGCUGUGAAUACAGACAAUCGUAUAAAUACGUUUAAAAUAGUGUAAUUACAUGUUGAUGAACUUAAAACCUAGAAAAUAAGUGUUUCUUCGUGCAAGACUAUUAGAUUGCUACAAUGACAUGACGCCAUGUUGUUUCUGGAGCACAAGGCGUGGCAUUUCAACCAUUGUGCAAUCGGGUGUCGUGUUAUUUUUUGAAGUACUAUAGAAUUAAAAAUAAUGCCGCGUAUUGAUCCAAUUCAAUUGCUGAACUGCCUGAGUGUGCUAUUAUCACCUAAUGGUGGCAUCAAAAGCAGAGACGAAGUUCAGAGGCUAGCUAGCCUAAUGACUAAGUUUUCGAAGAAAUUGGUAUCCAAAUGUAUUUACAUACAAAUACUAAAAUGUACUGAAACUGAGUUACUUGGUUUAUUUAUGGGUUCUGGUGGCUGGGUUUUAGUACACAUGUGGUUGACUGAAAGUAUAGUCACAAAAAACUGGCCGCUGGUAAAGGAGUUAUUGGAACUGCUUUUACUAUGCCCUGUUGACAUAGAUCGCUUGAAAACUAACAACUGCCCUAAGUUAGUUAAGGAAUUAUCAAAGGACGACAACCACUUCGCUAUAAGAGCCCUAGCAUCAAAGUUAGUUGAACAGUGGUUAAAAACUGUUAAGGGCGAGCAAGUUGUUCCGGUCCAGCUUUCUGAUAUACCUCAAAUAAUAACAGAGGCGCAAUCUGACGCCGAGGCCCUGAUAAAAUCUGAGUCCAAUGUAGAUCAUGAAAAUAAUGUCAAUAACAUUGAAAUAAAAAGUGAAGAAAGGGUGAAAUUAGAAAAAAACAUUUCUAAUAAUGUCGAAAAUGAUAAAAUCUUGACUGAUGUACAAAUAAAAGAAGAAUUAGAUAACGAACCUGAAACAUUGCCAGUUCUGAAGAUUAGUUUAAAGGAUGGAAAACAAGUCAUAUCGCAAGUAGAUGAUGAUAGUGAAAGUAAAUCUGAAAUUCUAUCUGAUUCUGAAAAGUCUAAAUCAAAAAGUAGCAGUAAAGAUAAAUCAGACGACAGACGUAGUAGUAGUAGUAGUUCUAAGUCUACCAGUUCUUCAAAACAUUCAAGUAGGUCUCAUUCAAGUGAUAAACAUAAAAGUCACAAAAGCAGUUCUAGCCGCCAUAACAGUAGUAAAGAUAGGCCGAAAGAUAAAGACAGGAAUUCUUCUCAUAGCUCUAAAUCGAGGACUGAAAGUAGCAGUAGGAAAUCUAGCGAUAAGUCAUCGUCUUCCAGUAGCAAAUCAAAAGAAGAUCGAAGUUCUCGGACAUCUUCCGACAAAGAUAGAAACAAAGGAAAAGAAGAAAAAGGCGAAAAGAGUAAAGAAAACUCACUUAACAAAUCAAGUGAGAAGUCAGAUGAUAAAACUCCAUCAGUUCAUAAACUUGGCAAAAUACCGAAACUGAGUGACGCUAAAAAAGAAAAGCCCUCGAUAUCUAUAGAAGUCAGAAAACCGGACGAACCUAAGCCAAAAACGGUUAAAACAUUCAAUUCUAAAUUUAGGAAACAUGGACUUGAAGAAGAAGUUAAGCCACCACCGUCGCGUGCAGCAGUCUUAACAAAAAAAUCGACACCUGUAUUGCCGCCAACAGUAUCAAUACCAAAACGACCAUCUCCAGUUCAUAAUGAUCCUCCUCCAGAAAAAAAGCCAAAAACGGUAGAACCCGUUGAAAAACCCGGUGCAAUCAAAUUAAUUCCUCCUAAACCAAAACCAAUAAUGUUGUUAGAAAGUGACAUGUUCAUGGAUGCGCUAAAUGCUUCAGCGACGAACAAAAGAGAUCCAAAGAAAAGAAAACGACGUACAAGUGGAUCUAAGGAUGGAAAUCCAGGGAAUGACGGAUCACCACCACACACUCCCACGAAUAUGAGUAGUCCAAGUAGUGAAAGCAAGUCGGUACCACCACGAUUUUACCAAGACACACUCGAAACAGAAGAUAAUAAAGAAAAGGUUUCAGAGAAAAAUGCGGAUGCAACUGAAAACACUGAAGAAAACGUUACUAAGGAAGAUAAUGAAGAUAAAAUGGAUACAUCGGAACCUCACACUUUAACCAUUAAUGGACUUAAAGGAGUAUUGUGCUACCACAAAAGAAAGGGACCGAAAAAAAGUAUUAAGUGGAAACCAGAUACUGAAUUGGAGGAAAUCCAAUACUUUGAACUUGAUGAAACGGAGAGAGUAAAUGUAACGAAAACGUUUACAGAUAUGAAAUACUUAGAAAGGAUACACGAAAGAGAUGCAUUCCAAAAAGGAAGAAAUCUCAGUAAUGAUGACGUCAUGGAGGAAAAGACUAAUUGGCGGCCGCUAAUACCUGUUGACGCCGAUGGUCAAGUACAGGUAGAGCAUGGUAAAAACAGUAAAGAAAAAGAUAUUCAAGCAAUACGACAAAAAGGAACAUUACAGCCUCUUUAUUUCUCCAAAUCUAUGAUCCCCGACUCUGCAUUUGAGCCUGAUCCAGAAACGCAUCCUUAUACGGAACCAACGAUUAUACCUCUUGAUGACGUCACCGGUAACCAAGAUAAUAUAAGUGAUUUUAGAAAUAUGCCUUGGCCUGAACCUAAGGGUAACGCACCACCGUCGUCGGCGAACAUGAAUGUUCCCAAUAUGUUCCCACCGAACAUGAACCAAUUCCCUAAUUCUUUUCCAAACCCACAAUUUCCUGGUGUGCCAGGGUUUCAGGGUAACAUGGUUCCUGCUGACUGGCCAAGUGGAGUACCACCGCAUAUGAUGGCUAAUGGCAUGCCAGGGCCCAUGGCGCCUGGAGGUAUUCCGCCCGGUAACCUACCGCCGGGAAUGAUGAUGCCUCCAGAAAAUAUGAUGAUGUCACCAGAAAUGUUUGGAGGACCGAAUCCUAUGUUUCCUGUACCACCAGAAGGAUUUAAUAUGCAACAAAAUAUGUUUCCAAUGGAUUUCAAUAUGUCUGGACCACAAGGGCCUCCACCUUCAGGCCCUGAUGGUUUUCCUGGUAUGGGAAAUUUCCGUGGAGCCAUGCGGGGCCGUGGCAACGGCGGACACUGGCGAGGUAAAAACGCUGGAAGCUGGGAUGGCCCUCAGCGCGGAAGAGGAGGUGCUCGUGGUGGCCGCAAAGCGGUUUGCAUUUAUUUCCAACGAAAAGGAUCUUGUCGACAAGGCGACAAUUGUACAUUUUUGCAUCCAGGUGUAAAUUGUCCAUUUUAAGGAUAGGUUAGGUGUACCUACAUUAGGUUUGAAGAAAUUUUGUAAAUAAAAAAAGUCAUUAAGAUAGUUCCAGUUUUAAGCGUUUACGGCUGGAUUAGCAUUUAUACAAUCCUGCUGCCGUGCCGUAGAUAUUCCCUACAGUUUAGAAUAAACACCCAAAAAGACUGCUUAAUGUAAAUAGUUAUCUAAGUAAUAGUUAAAAUAUGUACAUAAUGUAAAGAUAUUCAUAAGUGUUUAUACGAAAUACAAAGUUAAAUAAUUUGAGUAUA